AUUUUCUUACCGACAGUCCAGUAUAGUAUUACCAUACUCGAGUACAUUCCCAAUUAGCAAAUUGUACUGAAAUUGUCUACUGAUCCUGCAUUUCCAGAGUCCAGUCCAUGCUCUGUCUAUUGUGAGUGGCACCUGUUCUAGGCAAGCGCCUACGACUCCACGAAUAGUAUGAUUUGACUGGAUAGCAGUGGAGAGCACAUAAACAGAGGCAGUCCACUGUAUGCUCCUUAGAUGCUCCCGCUGAGUUUCUCCAGAAUUUUUGUCUACCUUCGAUUUUCCAGCAUCUGCAGUUCCUUCUUAAACUUGUUAACCACUGUAUAUCUCGGUAUACGUGUCAAUAAUAAACCAAUACUUAUAAUUUUUGAAACACCACACCGCAUAUGCAAUCAGCAAACUCCAAACAGUUAGUUAGUCCCAUUUCUGUGGGCAAAUAGGACUAACUUAGAUGGGACAUCUUGGACAGCAUGGAUGAGUUGGGCCAAAGGGCCUGUUUCCGCUCUGUAUGACUCUAAUACAUCAAUAACAAUGAUUUUUAAAAAAAAAUCAUUUUGUACAACUAUAUCGGUUGAGGGACGAAUAUUGGGCAGGACAUGCAGGCAAUAGUGUUUACUCCGAGCAAGUUCUAUUGAUCAGUCUGAAGAAGGAUUUUGGCCUGAAACGUUGCCUAUUUCCUUCGCUCCAUAGAUGCUGCUGCACCCGCUGAGUUUCUCCAGCAUUUUUGUGUACCUUCGAUUUUCCAGCAUCUGCAGUUCCUUCUUGAACACAAGUUCUAUUGACCUUGGGUUCCAAUGUUGCCAAUGACCAGUUGAACUUGGAGAUGCAGGCAGGUCCUCCCGGCCGGCAGGGGGCGCCGGGGCAGCAGGAGGCGGGCCGCUCUUUCCCUCCCCGCACUCUCUUUGACGCUGGGCCUCCAAGAUGGCGGCGCCUAGGGCUUCGCGGAACGAGGAUGCUGCCUGACCUGUUGAGUGUUCUCCCUGUCGCCACUCAAGCAUCUGCAGUCGUUUGCUUUGGCGUGGGAGGUGGUGGGCGAGGGGUGGGAUCGUUGCGUUAGACCUUGGCGAGACGGAGGACCCUCGUGAGGAGAUGGAGGUUGCCGAGUGCCCGUUGGCUGGGGCGGGCGAGCUGCGGGCCAGUGUUGAGAGGGCAGAGGCCACGUUCCCCCCCGGUGCCAGCGACUCCCCCUCAGACUCCCUCUCGGAGGGUCACGUGGUCACCAUGCAGGCACAGACCCACCCUUUGCCACAAGGACACCUGGCUCCAGACUCCGAGCCGACCAGCGGCCGUGGUGACUCUAUCCCUCUGCCAGAUGCCUUGGACGGAUUGGCUGCCGGCGGCGGUCAGCUGACAGGAGCUCCCAUGCCCUCCGACCCUCAUAGACUGGACGUGACGAGAGAGAGCUGGGACCUCCUGGAGACGGCGCAGGUGCUGAGCGAGAUUGCCGGGCCCUUCCCGCCGGGCAGCGGCACGUCGGAAGAGGAGAGCCCGCCCAAUCCCUUGGCCCGGGUGUCCGACCCACACCUCCUGGUCCUGUCGACGGCGCAGACGGAGAACCCCGAGCUUCAGGUGACCGAGGAGGUGAUUCUGGAACUCCCCAACGGCAUCAAGAUGUACGGCAAAGACCUGUCCGGCCUUACGGAGCUCCUGCAUCCAACACAGGUCCUCCUGCAGGUCGGCCCUCGGAAGUUCACGCUGGCCACGACUGACGCGCUGCUCCCGGCCGGCUCUCUGGUCUUCACCGUGUCACAGGAAACGACGCAGGAUGAGACUCCGGUGAAGCAGCCAGAUGCAGAAGUGGAAGGGAGCUUGUACAGAUGUUACCUCUGCAGUUUGACCUUCAACCGCCGUGGCAAUUACGUCCGACACAAGAAAAUCCACAUGGUCAACACCGAGGAGGAUGCCAGGUACAAGUGCCCCCACUGCGACCGGCAAUUCAUCCAGCAUUGUGACCUGCGUAGACACACACACGUCCACACAGGGACCCAACCCCACAAGUGCGAGCUGUGUGGCAAAGCUUUCCUCAGAGCAAGUGACCUGGUGGUUCACAGACGGUUCCACACCAAAGAUCGACCCUUCCAGUGCGGCCAGUGCCAGAAAUCCUUCUUCCAGUCUGGUGACCUCCGGCGGCAUGUGAGGAACAUCCACAUGACCAACGCCCGGAUGUUGAGCUGUGGCCACUGCAAGAAGAAGUACAUCAAGGAGGCCACGCUGCUCCACCACAUCCAGACCGUGCACCAGGAUAUCCUGCUGCACACCCUGAAGGAACAGGAGCAACACAGCAGUGAUGUGAUGGUGGCGGAGGUCGGAAAUGGAGACGAGGACGAGAGGGUAUUGAGCGGCUACAGACUGCCGCACGUGGAGACAUCCACUACGGAUGAUAACGUCCUAUCAACCGAGGCAGGUGUACAUGGGGAGACUGCUUUGGAGGAGCCACAUGCCCCACAUUACGAUACAGAGACCAAUCCUUCUGUCUCAGGCCAGCUGUUGGAAUCCACCGUCACGGACAGCGCGAGGGGACAAAUGCAAGCUCUCCUAGGUUGCAGUGGGUCAGGACCCGGCCUUGUGUUGAUAGACAUGCACCCUGCGGUGACCAUAGCUUAGCGGCUGGAGCUGGGAAAGCACUGAGACUGACCACCAGUGAAGUGAACUGACAUUUCUUCUUUGCCAAGCACAUGCUCCAUUUUUCAUCUGCAGAGGAAGAUGUGAUCCUGUGUAAGUUUGCAGUUACUUUAGAGAUACAGCAUGAAACAGGCCCGCCGAUCACCCCGUAACCUAGCACUAACAUACAGACGAUUUACAAGUUUACCAAAGCCAAUUAACCUGGAUGUCUUGGAAGUGUGGUAGGAAACCGGAGCAUCCGGAGAAAACCCACGUGGUCCCAGGGAGAAAGUGCAAACACCAUACAGAUAGCACCCGUUGUCUGGAUCAAACCCGGGUCACUGGCGCUGUAAGGCAGCAACUCUACUGAUGCACCAUCAUUGAUCCUGUGUUAUGUUGAAUUGAAUUGUACGGAACUGAAACAGACCUUUCUGCCCAUCGUUAACCAUUGAUCCCAAAAACAUUUAAUUCUGACCAAGGAAAGCUCGGCAUUCAAUAAUACCAAUUGUGGCACUAAUCUCCAGGGUUCGGGUGCCAUUAUCACACAACUUGUAUUCCACUGGAGGAGCCCAUGGUGAAGGAAAAUUUAAUGCUCAAUAUCAGCUUAUACUUGGAAUGACAAAGUGCUGGAGUAACUCAGGUGGUCAGGCAACAUCGCUGGAGAAUAUGGGAUAGGUGAUAUUUCGGAUCGGGGUCUGAAGUCACCUACCCAUGUUCUCCAGAGAUUUGGAAUAUUAUUGGAGAAACAAUUCAACAGAUAUGCAGUCACAUCUCUGGCCCUUGUUCAGCCAUCUGUCAAUCAAACCCCCCUCACUCGAAUCUGAAGGGUCCCAACCCAAAACGUCACCUAUCCAUGUUCUCCAUGGAUGCUGCCUGACCCGCUGAGUUACUCCAGCACUUUGUGUCUUUCAUCAGUAAACCAGUUCCUUGUUUCUACGUGAGCUUGGACUUACCUUGUACUAUUGCUGAUGUUUUAUUCAUGCUGAUCUUUCUUGCUCCAGUCACAGGGAGGAGGUAUGAAUUUUAAAUUCCCCUCCUAUUCCCAUUCUGGUGCACACCCAUUUCUCCCACUAUCCCACCAGUCACCUUCCUCCUUUCCCCUCCUCUACGCUCAUCUCUCUUCCCGAGUCCUUAGUUUUCCUUUUAUCCCCCUCUUUCCCCUUACACCCAAUAUCCUUCCCUCCACCUUCCCAUUUCACUCUUUUUAUCUGACACCUUUGUCUCCUUUCCACCUCCAGCCAGUCACCCCCCCCCCCCCAACCUGCAUUCACCUAUCACUUGCCAGGCUUUGUCUAGCUCUCUACCCCUUUUCCAGCUUUCUCCCUCCUCCAAUCAGUCUAAAGAAGGGUCCCGUCCCGAAAAUGUCACCUGCUCAUUCCCUGCACCGAUGCUGCCUGACCCGCCGAGUUCUUCCAGAUCUUUGUUUUGCUUGAAUUUUGAACUCUACAUUAGAAAAAUAUUUUUUGAUUUGAGUUUAGGAAAUGAAGUACAAAAUUGCCACAGCCAGAGACGCAUUUUAUAAUUUAGGAGUGGUGGUUCAGAAAUAAUCCUGACCUUGGAUGCGAUCUGGAUGGAGUUUGCGUGUUCUGUGAUCGUAUCGGUUUCCUCCCACAUCCCAAAGACAUGCGGGAUUGUAGGUUAAUUGGCCCUCCGUAAAUUGCCCUUAGUGUGUAUGGAGUAGUUGAGAAUGUGGGAUAACAUAGAACUAAUGUGAAUGAUGGUUGGUGUGGGCCCAUUUCUACACGGUGUCUCUAAAGUAAAACCUACUCCCAGGAGCAACAGGCCCACAGAUCCUUCUCACAACUUAUCACCAUGUCUAAAUGCUGAAACUCUCAGCCAAAAUCAAGGAAGGACAUCAGUUCAGGAAGAGCACUGUGGGAACAAAAUAUGGACACUGGCAGCAAUGCUCAUGGCCUGAAAAGGAAGGGGAGACAACAUUCUGGAGGGUGGAGGGUGGUAGAUGAGGGAUGCGGGGCUUGAUGUUUUCGCCAGUCCUACGCACUCUUACCAGCAGGGGGCACAGUCCACCAGUCAGGAGUAUAAGCUGAGCAUCCAGAUCCUCCCGAGAUGCUGCUUGAUACGCAAACUACUUCAGCACUUUGUGUCUAUCUCCAGAUCCUUAACAUGACUGCUAUGAAGUGUAGACACAUUGUGCAAAGUUUGUUUCAGAUCCCAAAGACUGGGCACAAAAAAAGACACCAAGUGCUGAAGUAAUGCAGUGGCUCAGGCAGCAUCCCUGGAGAAAAGGAAACCAUGACAUUUCGGAUCGAGACUGCUUUGUUCUUUUCUCCAGAGAUGCUGCCUGAGUUACUCCAGCAUUUUGUGUCUAUAUUAGGUGUAAACCAGCAUCCGCAGUUCCUUCCUACACCCUUCAUACUUAGUUUGAAGGAUUCCGACCAGAAAUGUCAGGCAUCAAUUAUACAACCCGAAACGUCACCUGUCCAUACCCUCCAGAGAUACUGCCUUACUCCAGCAGUCGUUUUUUAAAUAAACCAGCAUCUGCAGUUCCUUUUCUUUUUAAACCAAACACAGGGCUGUUCUGUCCAAAGUGUAGAUACACAAUUGUUCAUUGUCACGACUGGGGCUUUGGAUAAGCAUUUAAAUGAAAACACUUGCAAAUCACUUUAACCAUUUUAUAAAUGUACAUAUUAUAAAGAGCUUGUACAGAUAUAGAAUUACUUUGAUUAGGAGGAAAGAAAAUAAACUUGUAUUCUGAAAACAA